AUGGUGAGUUAUGCCUACGAGGUGCAGAAGCUGCUAGCUCUGAAAGACGCGUUCUCUCAGUACGCGCCAGCAGCGCUGCCGUCCUGGAGCGUGGAGGGCGGAGACCCGUGCAAGAGCCAGUGGAAGGAGGGGAAAAUCGCGUGCAACAACGCCGGACGCGUUAUCAGACUAAACCUGUCAAAUCAGAACCUCAAGGGACCGCUGCCAGGCCAGGAGCUAGCCAAGUUGGUGGCGCUGAGAAGACUGGACCUCGGUUUCAACAACUUCACGGGGGAGAUUCCAAUUGAGCUCGCUGACCUCGGCAGCAUCACCUACCUGUCGCUGGAGAGCAAUCAGAUCGAGGGUGCCCUUCCCGACUGGAUUGGCUCAGAAUGGCCCUCGCUGGUGCACCUGAGGCUGGCCAGCAACCAGUUUUCGGGGCAGAUUCCGAACGGCUUCGGGCAGCUGAAAAACCUCGUGAUGCUGGACCUAGCGUCCAACCAGUUCUCAGGCUCCAUCCCUACGGACAUUCAGGUGUGCUCGCGCCUGGAGCAGCUGUCGCUUUCUGGAAACUCCCUCUCGGGCCCGCUCCCCACGUGGAUCGGCAGCCUUAAGCAGCUGCGCGUGCUUGAAAUGUUUUCCAACAACCUCUCCGGCACCAUCCCUGCCGAAAUCGCCCAGGCCACCUCCCUUGAAUCCAUUGCUCUCGACGACAAUGACCUCUCGGGCACGCUACCAGAUGCGCUGGGAAAUCUCCCAUCCCUGGCAGCGCUCUACAUGGCGUCCAACCUGCUGGAGGGGCCCAUCCCCUACAGCUACCACCGCCUCAAUGGGCUCAUGUACAUCGAUCUGAGCUACAACACGGGCAUCAACGGCACCGUGCCCGAGUUUUUCGGCAACAUGUGGCUGCUGGAGUCCAUUGCGUUUGAGAACUGCAACCUCACGGGUACAAUCCCGGCUUCCCUCGGAUCGCUCUCCCUCCUCGUGGAGAUCUUCCUCGACAACAACAAGCUCACCGGCUCCAUCCCUGACACGCUCGGGGGCCUCGAGGCGCUCAACAAGCUGUACCUGAACCAGAACUUCCUGGAAGGUUCCGUGCCGUCCACGCUGUGCAACCUGACCAAUGUGCGGGAGAUCAAUCUGUCCAAGAACGGGCUCGAUGGGGACCUGCCCUUGUGCCUCGUGACUCUGCCGCACGUGACAUCGCUCUUGGUGUCCUACAAUCAGUUGUCAGGAGACGUGCCGGACAUACCAGACGACUCAAAGCUCUUCUUCAGAUACGACCACAACUGCUACGAGGGAAUGCCGGACCAAUCCCCAUGUGCCGAGCCUUCCUUUACCAGCGAUGGCACCACCACCAGCGACGGGAAUAUCAACGAUUAUGGAGCAGACAACGCCACCUGGUCUGACACCACAGCGGACGAUUACCAGCAGUUUUACGACUCGGAUAGCGAUAGCAGCAGCAGCGGUGGUAACCAGCAGCAGCAGAGCCAGUCAUCCUCCAGCCACACCCCUGUGUUCAUCUACAUUCUUCUGCCGCUCCUAGCUAUGGUGCUGGCAUGCGUGGCAGCGUACCACUUCUCACCCAAGUUCAGAGAUGCAGUGCACGUGCUGAUCAACGGGAGGGACAAACUGGGCGUGACUGAGUUUGAUCUCACGCGCAUCAAGAAGGCGACAGGAAACUUCACAGCAGAGUAUGGACGGGGGAGCUUCGGCGUGGUGUUUCUGGCGGACGAGUUUUUCAAAGGGCAGGCGGAGCCGCGAGCCAUCAUCAAGCGAGCUCACGACCCGCAGAAGGUCAGCGAGUUCCUGUUCAAGUGCAAGGUGGAAAUACUAGCCAAGGCGCGGCACCGCUACGUGGUGAAUCUGCACGGCUACUGCGUCAACCAGGGGGAGCGCAUCCUCGUUUAUGAGUUCCUCCCUAACGGCACUCUCUUCGACCGCCUGCACCGCCCCGAACUAGAGCCUCUCGCAUGGGAAACACGAGUACGUGUGGCAUACCACAUUGCCAGUGCCCUGGAGCAUCUGCACCACGACCUCACCCCACCGCUGGUGCACCGAGCAGUGACCUCCUCCAACAUUCUCCUGGCUGCUGACAUGACAGCUAAGUUGAGCGAUUUCGGCAUAGCCAAGGGCAGCAGUGGUGGCAAGACGGCCUUCGAUGACACGCCGCGGCGCAAGAAGAGCCGCAAGCACAAGCAGGUGGCUGACGUGCAGUCGCCCUCGCCACAGAUGGAGAAGGCGGAUGUGUAUGGGUUCGGAGUGGUGCUGCUGGAGUUAAUUACAGGGCAGAAGGCCAUGAAGGAGGUUCACAUUACCACCAUGGUGAGAGAGGGUGCAUGCCUGAUCUCCCUCCCUUUCCCACCACAUUUCCCUCUUCUCCCAUCAGGCUGCCCCUUUCCUGGAGGGUCCUCAGAUGAUGCCUCUCAUGGCUGCUCCCUUCCUAGAAGACCCGCAGAUGCAGAUGAUGCCUCUCAUGGUGGACCCCUACCUGGGUGCUCAGUGUCUAGUGCGCUCAGUGUGUCCCCAUCACAAUCCCUGCUUCCCCACCACCCACCCAAUCAGGCCGCCCGCUUCCUGGAGGAUCCUCAGAUGAUGCCUCUCAUGGUGGACCCCUACCUGGGCGCUGAGGGUGUGGGAUUCGAGGCUGCCCCUUUCCUGGAAGACCCUCAGAUGAUGCCUCUUAUGGUCGACCCCUACCUGGGCGGCAAUUAUCGGCAGGAGGAGCUCAUAGAGCUGGGCGGCUUGGCCCGCGACUGCAUCCAAGAAAACGCCGCUUGCCGCCCGUCCAUGCGCGAGGUUCUCGAGAGAAUGGAGGAGAAUCUGCCGUCCGUCGGUGUGUGUAUCGAAGGGGACGGGAUUGGAGGGAAGGCAGGAGGAGACGACGAGGAAUCCGGGUUACUUGUGGAGGGGUACUCCGCGGCCGCGCCCACGUUCGGGCAGGGUGUUACGCACCUGCACCCUCCGAAUGUGAGGGUGGACGGCGGGGGGCACGAGCACGGAUCUGCUGUGAUGCGGGAAGAGAGGCAAGUGACGGGGAUAUCGGGGAUUUCAGCGCCGGCGUCUGCUUGGGCGUCAAUUGAGGGGUUUGCCAAGUCGAUCAAGAGCGCGAUUGUGAACCCGAGGGGGCACCGGGGGGAGUCGGAUCAUGAGAUGUCGUCGCUGCUGGUGCUGGGGACGAAGACAGGGAGCAGCAGCAGCAGUGGGCGGUGA